UGAUCUCGAACGUUGGCAAAUUAAUCAAUAUCAGAAACAGCGAUGUCUUCAUACUCGUUUGUAAUUUUUGUUCAUGCAUCAUUAUCACUCGAAGAAAAGAAUUCCUGAGAAGUGUGUACAUCGUACGUGGCUGCUCAAGAAUGCGAAAAGAUAUAAUCGAAUCAGACACGAAAAACACUUGGACCGCGGUGACUUCGAUGAUAUCCACGCGUCCGAUAUUAGGCAAACGAAGCCUGUUUAUCGUCGAGAACCUUGCCGGACUUUGGAUGACCAAUUUUCUUCGCACACACGUAACAGAAGUGAUAAACGCCAGCGUUCUAAUCUUUUCGAAAAAGAUACGGCUCGUUUAAGGUGCGCUGAGGGCACGUUCCGCGUGCAUAAUAUUUAUGGCGAUGGUAAUUGCAUGUUUCGAGCGAUUAGCUAUAUUCUGUGGCAAAAUGAGGACGAACAUCGGUACCUACGUUCAAUGGUCGUCCAACACAUCAAGGAUAACUGGUACGAGUAUGGGCCCUUCGUAAUGGCCGAAUGGAACAUAUCGGAUCGGCAUAUUUAUGGUAAUUACAUGAGUAUGGUAGGCACGUUCGCCAGUGAACUAGAGUGCAUAGUGGCCGCUAAGAUGUACUGUAUGAAUCUGUCGAUUUAUCGAAAGAUUAGCGAUAGAAACGAGCUCAAACGAGUGAUCUAUAAUCACGUUAGCUGGCACUAUGAAACAGCUAGACUUUUAUUCACCGGAAACUCGGACAGUGGCCACUACGACGUAUUACUUCCUGAUUGAACGUUCGCUGACGUUCGCCAAGCGACGAGAACUGUAGAUCUACCGCGGACAAAUUAUAUUCUUUAUUUUUUUAAUCUUAUAAUUCGUGUAAUAUUAUUUUUCUAAUCAUCGUCGAAUUAUUACUGACUUUUGGAAGCGUCUACCUUUUAAAAUCAGACUUUGAAAUUGUUGUAUGAGUCACUGGAAUAAAGUUUCAAUCUGUACAAACUUA